UCAUACACGACGCAACAUUCGCGGAAGUGGCCCCGGCGGGGUACGGUGGCCGGCGGGGCAGGUCCGGGUGUUGUCGUUGCGCGGUAGCCGGAGCCGGCCCGGCUCCCCCAUUAGCCCGGCGGGACCAUGUCGCUGCUGCAGUCGGCCUGGGACUUCCUGGCGGGGCCCGGCUCUCUGGGGGCCGCCAGCCGCGACCACAACGACUUCGUGGGGCAGACGGUGGAGCUGGGGGACAUGAAGCUGCGGAUCAAGCGGGUCAUCGCCGAAGGUGGGUUUGCUUUUGUAUAUGAAGCUCAAGAUCUUGGAAGUGGCAAAGAUUACGCUUUAAAGAGGUUAUUGUCUAAUGAAGAGGAGAAGAACAGAGCUAUCAUUCAAGAAGUUUGUUUUAUGAAAAAGCUUUCAGGUCAUCCUAAUAUUGUCCAGUUCUGCUCUGCUGCAUCAAUAGGAAAAGAAGAAUCGGAUACUGGGCAGGGCGAGUUUCUUCUGCUCACCGAGCUUUGUAAAGGGCAAUUGGUGGAAUUCUUAAAGAAAGUUGAAUCCAAAGGGCCCCUCUCGUGUGAUACAGUUUUGAAGAUAUUUUAUCAGACCUGCAGAGCAGUGCAACAUAUGCAUAAACAGAAACCACCUAUUAUUCAUAGAGAUUUAAAGGUGGAGAACAUGCUGAUUAGCAACCAAGGGACAAUUAAGCUGUGUGAUUUUGGCAGUGCUACAACUAUAGCACAUUAUCCUGAUUACAGCUGGUCUGCACAAAAGAGAGCAAUAGUUGAAGAGGAGAUUACAAGAAACACAACACCAAUGUAUAGGACUCCAGAAAUGAUAGACUUGUACUCAAACUUUCCAAUCGGUGAAAAACAGGAUAUAUGGGCCUUGGGCUGUAUCCUGUAUUUAUUGUGCUUUAGGCAACAUCCAUUUGAAGAUGGGGCUAAGCUUCGCAUAGUCAAUGGGAAAUACUCUAUUCCUCAGAAUGACACUCGAUAUUCUGUGUUCCAUGAUCUCAUUCGUUCCACUUUGAAGGUGAACCCAGAGGAGAGGUUGUCAAUCACUGAACUUGUGAAUCAGCUGCAGGAGAUUGCGGCUGCUAGGAACGUGAAUCCUAAAUCUCCCAUCACGGAGCUCCUGGAACAAAAUGGAGGCUAUGGAAACAAUGCUGUGCCUAGAAUGUCUACAAGUUUGGUGCCACAGGGCUCCAAGCCUGCGGGACAGCUCAACAAUAUGUACAAUGCAGGCCUGACAGUUGCAGAACUUGACCAGUCUUACGGAGGGUUCUUUGACAUUCUCAAAGGUGGAACAGAACGGUUUUUCACAAACAUCAAGGAUACUUCUUCUAAAGUGAUCCAGUCUGUGGCCAAUUAUGCAAAGGGAGAUUUGGAUAUAUCGUAUAUCACUUCCAGAAUUGCUGUGAUGUCCUUUCCAGCAGAAGGUGUAGAAUCUGCCAUCAAAAAUAACAUAGAAGAUGUGCGGUUAUUUUUAGACUCUAAACACCCUGGACACUAUGCUGUUUACAAUCUAUCUCCAAGAACAUACAGGUCUUCAAGAUUUCAUAAUAGGGUUUCUGAAUGUGGUUGGCCAGCAAGACGUGCACCAAAUCUUCAAAACCUUUACAGCAUUUGCAAGAACAUGCAUUUAUGGCUAAAGCAAGAUCACAAAAAAGUUUGCAUUGUACACUGCCUUGAUGGAAGAGCAGCAUCUGCUGUUGUAGUUUGCUCUUUUUUAUGUUUUUGCCGUCUCUUCACUACUGCGGAGGCUGCGGUUUAUAUGUUCAGUAUGAAACGCUGUCCACCUGGCAUUUGGCCUUCUCAUAAAAGGUAUAUAGAAUACAUGUGUGACAUGAUGGCAGAAGAACCCAUUAUUCCUCACAGCAAGCCAAUCCUUAUCAAAUCAAUUAUCAUGACACCAGUUCCUCUGUUCAGCAAACUGCGAAAUGGCUGUAGGCCUUUUUGUGAAGUUUAUGUUGGGGAUGAAAGAGUGACCACUACCUCACAGGAAUAUGACAAAAUGAAGGACUUCAAAACUGAGGAUGGUAAAGCCGUAAUCCCACUGGGUAUAACAGUCCAAGGUGAUGUUCUCAUUGUGAUCUAUCAUGCCAGGUCGACAUUAGGAGGCAGACUCCAAGCCAAGAUGGCUUCAAUGAAGAUGUUCCAGAUUCAGUUCCACACAGGUUUUGUGCCCCGGAAUGCCACCACAGUGAAAUUUGCUAAGUAUGAUCUGGAUGCUUGUGACAUUCAAGAGAAAUAUCCUGACUUAUUUCAAGUGAAUCUGGAAGUGGAGGUGGAGCCCAGAGACAGACCCUGUAGUGAACGAGCGCCAUGGGAUAACUUGAACAUAAAGGGACUGAAUCCCAAGAUCCUUUUCUCCAGUCGGGAGGAACAACAAGAGAUUUUAUCGAAAUUUGGUAAACCUGAGCUGCCUAGACAGCCGGGUUCAACAGCACAGUACGAAGCAGAAGAGUCCAAAUCCGAACAGUCUCCCGAAAGCGCACCCACAGAGCCGGACUCUCCACAGAGCAGCAGCACUGAUGCAAAUAACUUCUUCCAUACUCUGGACUGGGAAGAAGGAAAAGAUCCAGAGUCUGAAGCAGAGGACCGCUUGUCCAAAGAUAAUCAUCCUGGACUGAUUGAUGACAGGGAUGAAAGUGACCCAUCAGAUGAAGAAUUUGCUGCAUUUCCUAGUGAAGGAAGAACAGAAAUAGUUGAAGAAAAAGAAAAACCCAGUCCUCCAGAAGAAGAUGCAGAUAUAUUCUUUGAAGCUAAUUUUGAAACACCAUCUGCCCAACCACAAGAACCUCAGUUGGAAGACCACGUAGAUUUAUUGGGACUAGACUCUGAUGUUCCAUCAGAGCAGAAUCAAACUGCCUCAGAUAUGAAGAGCUCCUCUAGCAACGCAGACUUACUGAACAAUUUGUUUGUGGGUAGCACAUCGCAGGUUUCAGAAGGGUCUACUGGGGACCUUCUAGGAGAAGGGGCAGACUUCUUUUUCAGCAGUCAACCUCAGCCUUCAGCUAGUAACCAGAGUACAUCUCCACCCACAACAUUGUCUUCUGCUGCUGAUCCAUUUGACCCAUUCACAAUGUCAUCAGGAUCUGAGAAGCCGACUUUGUCUGGUUCUGAUCUCUUUGGAGCCUUUCUUAAUCCAAAUGCAACAUCUACAUCUAGUAUAUUUCCUUCCACACACAGCGCACCACCUCCUUCUUCCAGCUCAGACUUCUUACGUUUAGGUAAGUGUGCUUUUGGCAUGAUUUUUUGGUAAGGGUUUCUGUGGCUUUCCCUGGGUUUAGUUCUUUACUCUCUCAGUUUAGUCAAGGUUGAUUAGCGUCUAACAGAUCCUCUUGUUGUGGCUGCUAUUUUAAUAAGCUCCAUGUUCCCUGUGCACAGAUGAACAUGUCCAUCUGGUAGUAUUUCCUGUAUAGUGUUACUGUAGUAAGUCUUGGUACAAUUAUUUUGCUAAGAUUGCUAAUCUUUUGCUAAUCCUGUGUUUAAUUUUCUUCUGGAAGAUGACAGUGUAGAACUGAGGUUACACAGAGUGUUGUGUUUUCAAUCUCAUUAAAUUACCUAGAUUACUAAAUGUAAAUGUGAUUUACAUGCUUAGGUUUGAAUUAGGUUCUUAAGGUCUUGGAAAGGGAGAGUAGAGGAAUACAAGUGAUUCUGGAAUAGGAUCUGAUAAAAGAAUGUUGUUUCCUUAAACAUUUCAGAACUGAGGCUAGUUGGAACUACUUGUACUGAAGUAAUUUUGUUAAAAUAUAUUUAU